AUGACCGGGGUCUCCUGGCAAUGCCUUAUGAACGAGGGCAUGCAUGCUGGCAACCGGGUAAGAUAUUUAGCCGUUUUUGCACAACUUCAUCGAGAAUUUCCAUUUCGUUUUAUCCAAGUUUUCAAUUUGCUUCGUUUGCAGAGUGUAGUGCUUGUCAACGAAGCCUUCGUCCAUGCCCAGCAGGAGAUGGAUGAUCUAAGGGGCCAACUGGAUGCCCAGGGCCGGGAGACGGAGAAGUAUCUACACCUCCUCCGGGAGAAAGAGGAGGAGUUGAACCGGGCGGUCGUUGUUUUCAACCUCCGACUCGAGCUUGAUGCGGCAAAGGCCGAAAACUGUCAGUUGAAGAGUGAGCUGGCCGCAAUGACCGAGUACAAUCGCAGUCUCGAAGCUGACAAGAUCGGUCUUAGCCUGGAGAAUGCUCAAUUUUCCUUGAGGCUAGAUGAGCUCGAAAUCACCGUUUCUCAACUCCGGGGGGAGUUGGAUUUGGUGAAGGCCGAUGCUACGGGCUUGGCCGAGAUGAACCGGCUGCUCGAAUCUGAGACUGCCCUGUACAGAGAGCGCAUGAGGACGUUCGAGGAGAAAGCUGAAAAAAGGGCCCAGAUGUAUGAGAGCCUGAAAACCGAGCUUGCGGAGGCGGUUAAUGCCAAUGAUGCUCUCAAAGCCGAGCUCGAAGCGGCCACUCGAAGGCAAGAUACCCUUGAAGAGAACCGUGGUGUUCUGGCUGCAAAGCUGGCCAAGGCCGAGGCCGAUUUGGAGGAGGCUUUGAAGAAUGUGGAGGCCACCGAGGCUCAUACUGCCAUCGUUGCCGAAUAUGAGAAGUGA